UUGUUCCAAACUGGUUUCAAAUGGGGUUGUUUUGUUCCCCAUUAGUUUUUGGCCUGACAAUAUCUAGCAGCGAAGAUAUUAUCAAGUUAGAACCGGCUACAAAAUUCGAAAUUGCACUAUGCCCUGGCGGUAUUUAUGUACCUCAGUUUUUGCCUCCUUUCUCUUCUGCCUCUGAUUUCUUUCAUUCUCGUGAACUUGUUUUUUUAUAUUUUUCCGAACCGCUCUCACAUUUUUAGGAACCUUUCCAUGAUUUUUUUAUACGCACCAUCCAGUCACCAGUGUGUUGUGCCAACACUGCCAACCACUCCCCCACAUCUUGCUUUUGACGAACCAAUUGUAAUGAGUGAUGACUCGGAAGAAGGAAACGUGUGCUCAGGAGUUCAAAAUAUGAACCUAGGAGGUGGCAGAGCUUGGGGAUCCGAGUCGACUGGAGAUAAGAAUCCAGGAAACCGAGGAGGUGGUCGCGGAAGAGGUGGCAGGGGACGUGGAGUCGGAAGGGGUUCUCGUUCUGGCCUCGGAGGCGACGAAGACCGAGGCAGAACAGGUGAAUGGGAAUGUAGUUGCGGGGAAAACAAUUUUGCUAGUCGGCGAAAUUGCUUCAGAUGCAAUGAUCCAAAACCCGGUGGUGAUGACGGCGAUGACGAAUGGUCUUGCGAAUGUGGAGCAAGCAAUAUCGCCAGUCGGCGAAGUUGCUUCAAAUGCAAGGGGCCGAAGCCAGGUUGUGGAGACGGUGAACAUCUAGAUGAAAAGCCAAAACCAUAUGUUCCGGCUCCUGAGUUGGAAGGAGACCAAGCCUUCGAUGAUCGCAAACAGUACUAUGAAGGAUCUGGCAUAAAUUUUUCAAAGUACAACGAUAUCAAGUUCGACGUGACUGGUGUCGAUAAGGUAAAAAGCUAUAGUACCUUCGCCGAUAUGAAGCUCUCAGAUCUCAUUAUGCAGAACAUCGCUAAGGUUGGAUAUACUACUCCAACGCCCAUUCAACGUCAUGCCUCGGCUCAAUUUAUGGCUGGACUGGACGUGAUGGCUUGUGCUCAAACUGGAUCUGGAAAGACGGCGGCAUUUUUGUUGCCAAUCAUUAAUCAAUUGUUGAACAACCAAGGGGAGCUUAGUAUGGGUAAAAAUCCUGUGAAACCUGAGGCUUUGAUUUUGGCUCCAACACGCGAGCUUGUAAUUCAAAUAAAUCGUGAGGCUAGACUGUAUUCUCAAGAUUCUGUUUUGCGAUGUGUCGUCUGUUACGGAGGCACUGCAAUUUUCGCACAAAAGGGCCAGUUACAGGCCGGAUGCAACAUUAUGGUCGCUACUCCUGGCCGUCUGCUCCAGUUUGUCAAUGAAGGUACUGUUAGUUUGACGAAUGUCCAAUAUUUUGUUCUGGAUGAAGCUGAUCGCAUGUUGGAUAUGGGAUUUAUGGGUGAUGUGAAAAGGCUUGUGGACACAAUGCCCCCUGUUGAGGACCGUCUGAGUGGAAUGUUCAGUGCUACCUUCCAGACCGGAGUGCAGAAGGCUGCAGCUGAAUUCUUGAAGUCAAAUUACGUCUUUAUUAGUAUUGGAAUUGUAGGCGGAGCUUGUUCCGACGUAGUUCAAGAGUUUUUACAAGUUGAGAGGUCAGAAAAACGAGGAAAGCUGUUAGAAAUUCUCCGAGACUCCCCAUCAUCAGAAAAGGUACUCGUAUUCUGUAACAAUAAGAAAGGCGCAGACUUUUUGGCUUCCAGUCUUAGUGCUCAAGACAUCUCUACGACAUCAAUUCAUGGGGAUAGGUUACAAAGUGAACGAGAACUGGCUCUCCGAGAUUUUACCCAGGGCAAAAACAAGGUUCUCGUCGCUACCGCAGUAGCAGCUAGAGGUCUUGAUAUUCCUAAAGUGUCUAUCGUGGUGAACUAUGAUUUGCCAAAUGACAUUGACGAGUAUGUGCAACGCAUUGGAAGAACUGGUCGUCUUGGUCAUACAGGGCGAGCAAUCAGUUUUUAUGAGGAAUCGCAAGAUAACACUCUUGCUGCUUCGUUGGUGAGCAUCCUAAAGGGAGCAGGACAGAAUGUUCCCGAAUUCUUCUCUGAGGAUGUAGGUGGUUACGGACUCUCUGAUGGAUAUGCUGAUAUCCGUAAUACGAAUGACCGGGGCGUUCCAAAACCGGUAGAAAAAUCAGAAGAUGAUUGGGAGUAAUAACCAGUUUUGCCUUAAUUCUGAAAAAUGUUACCACACAAUUUUUACUUUAUGAUGAUCCACUAAUUCGUCUUGGCAAAAAGUUGUGGAUUAAUUAAUUAGAAAUAAAGAAGUUUUAUUCAAAACACAAUACAACUUA